CAAUUACUAAAUAUAUAAAGAAACAUAAACGAAGUCUUUUCAUAACGGCGGGAAUCACUGGAGGAGUAUAUCUCCUAGGAAAAUAUGCAAAGUGGAAGAUCAAUGAAUUACAGGAGAAAACGCAAGAGGAGAAGCGCGCUCGGGAGAACAUGCGACGUCGAUUUCAACAACGUCAAUCGGAUUGCACAUUUGCUAUAAUGGAUCAUCUUUCAACGAUAGCCGAUAGCUUAUUAACCGAGUUCGAUGUCGAAUCAAUCAUAGUGUACCUACAAAGAGCGAAGAAUACCACUGCCAGUGCUUCAUCAUCAAUUCAGUCAACUCCAAAUGUUUCACCUAGCACAUCGGUAGUUUUGGUAGACGAUAGCAGUGCCUCCGCGACACCAUCAUCGUCGAUGGUAUUUGUGGAAAAGGAUGCAGGAAGAAUGGCGGAAUCUAUAAACAAUAAUGAUAGUUCGAGUGGUAGUAGUGGUCAGGAUAGUGAUGAGCAAUCUCCUACAAGCACAAAUCAUUCGGCUCUGAACAAGCAGCUCGAUAAGAAAUCAAAGGUAGAAUGUUGGAACGAAGUCAAGUACAAAA